CCCAGAGCAAGCUCCCUCGGAGUUGCUACUGCCCUUACAGGACCUGCGUUCCCGCCGUCCCGCGGGGCCGGAAGCGCGGUGCGUGAGCUUCCGCCGGGCGGCGAUGGCAGCGCUGUGGGAGUUCGGCGCUGGGGACCCGAGGGAGGCAGAGCCUGGCAGCGAGGAGGACGAUGGUGACGAAGAGGAAGCUCAAGAUGGAGAAGCUGAGGAGUUCACGCUGGAUGAGGUUCUUCGCCUCGGCGGCACCAAGCAAGACUACCUGAUGCUGUGUGCCGUGGACGAGACAGAGGAGGUGGUGGACGGCGGCAAGAAAGAUGCUAUCGACGACCUGAAGGCAGGGGAGCUGGAGGCUUUCGUCAGCUCCCUGGGAAUUGAUAAGUAUGCGAAAACUUGCCUGGUGGUGGAGGGCGAGGAGGAGGAGGGUGACGGCGGUAGUGGAAGCAAAGAGAAAGAGAAGCUUCUGAAGAAAGAGAAAAGCAAGCAAGAAAGUAACCCUCCUUCGUUAGAAGGGAAAAAGGGGAAAAAAGUCAAAGAAAGGGCAAGCCACGUGAAAGAUGGCAAGAAGAAGCGAGCUAAUGGCGAUCAGGACGGCCACCUUUUGACACAGAGAGAUAAGCCAGAAGAAGAUUUUGAAUUUCAUGCAAGGCAAGUGAUACUGGUAAAGCCAGGGGGCAAAUGGUAUGAACAGGAAUACACCAAUGAAUUCUCUUCAGAGCCACAAAAUCAGAUGCUCCAGUCCAAAUAUAAGACCUUAGCUCAAAAGCUGUACCAACAUGAGAUAGACCUGUAUAAGAAUAAGACAGAUUAUCAGAAGGGAGCCUCCUCAACAUGGAUGAAAACUGUUGUGUCAUCAGGUACCCUGGCUGAUAGGAUGGCAGCAAUGACCCUUCUUAUUCAGGACAGUGCUGUUCACAGUCUCCAGUAUGUUGAGAACUUGAUAAACCUCAUAAAGAAAAAGGGCAGCAGGCAUCAGAGCCUCAUGGCUUUAGACACCUUCAAGGAGCUUCUCAUUUCAGACCUCUUGCCAGACAAUCGAAAGUUAUGGUCUUUCUCUCAGCGACCAUUUAGCAACAUAGAGAAGAUGUCAAGUGGCAACAAGGAUUCAAGAGACAGAAGGUUGAUACUGUGGUACUUUGAGCAUCAGUUGAAACUGCAGGUGGCAGAUUUUGUGCAGGCAUUAGAAGCACUGAGUCACGAUUCUCUGACAGCACCCAAAUCACGAGCUUUGGCAGUUGCCCACGAACUUCUCUGUAACAAGCCUGAGCAGGAGAAAGCUCUGCUUGUUCAGCUGGUAAAUAAACUGGGAGACCCUCAGAACAAAAUCGCCACCAAAGUCUCUUAUCUUUUAGAGACAUUGCUUCACAAGCAUCCAAAUAUGAAGGGAGUAGUGUGCAGUGAGGUGGAGAGGCUUUUGUAUCGCUCGAACAUCAGUGUGAAAACUCAGUACUAUGCCAUUUGCUUUCUAAACCAGAUAGUCCUCAGUCAUGAAGAAAGUGCACUGGCUAAUAAGCUGAUAACUUUGUACUUCUGUUUUUUCCGGAACUGCAUUAAGAAAAAAGACAUUGAAUCGAAAAUGCUCAGUGCUCUUCUUUGUGGAGUCAACAGAGCUUACCCAUACGCUGGCACUGGUGAUGAGAAAGUGAAAGAACAAAUGGACACCUUGUUUAAAGUUCUGCAUCUUGUCAACUUCAGUACCAGUGUCCAGGCCCUGAUGUUGCUCUUUCAGGUGAUGGACUCACAGCAGUCUGUAUCGGACAGGUACUAUGCAGCGCUAUACAAGAAGCUUCUAGAUCCUGCUUUAGCAACCUGCUCAAAGCCAUCCAUGUUUCUUAAUCUUGUCUAUAAAUCUCUGAAGGCUGAUGUAGUGUUACGACGUGUGAAGGCCUUUGUGAAGAGGUUACUUCAAGUCACUUGUGGACAAAUGCCGCCCUUCAUUUGUGGAACCCUAUUCCUUCUGUCUGAGCUUCUGAAAGUAAAACCGGAGUUGAGAGUCCAGUUGCAGGAUCAUGUGGAGUCAGAUGAUGAAGAGUGCUUUAAGGAUCAAGAAGAAGUUGAAGAGGAUGAGGAAAACUUUGUGGAUGCAGACAAAGAAGCAGAAGGUGAAGAGAAGAACACAGUGGAAAAUUCUGCUAAAACAAACGAUUCAAAUUCAACAGCCUCCUGGGUGCAUCAUGUGAACAUGACAGGCAGAAAGAGCAGAGCUUCCUAUGAUCCUUUACACCGAAGUCCUGUAUACUGUGGUGCAGAAAAUACAAGCCUUUGGGAACUGAAGAAGCUUUCUGAACAUUUUCAUCCAUCUGUGGCCCUAUUUGCAAAAACGAUUUUAGAAGGAAAUCACAUUCAGUACUCUGGUGACCCUUUGCAGGAUUUCACAUUAAUGAGAUUCUUGGAUCGCUUUGUGUACAGAAACCCCAAGCUCCAUAAAGGCAAAGAAAACACCAGUAGUGUUGUAAUGCAGCCAAAGAAGAAGCAGUUUAUGAAAGAUAUGCAGUCUCCAGCAGUCAACAGUAAGGAAUUCCGUACCAAAGAUGAAAGCAAAAUCCCAGUGGAUGAAGUGUUUUUUCACAGAUUUUAUUCAAAGUUUGAUAAGAGAGGAGAGAAACAGAGGCGUCAGGAUGAUGAAGAAAGCGUGGAAGAUGUAGAUGAUGAUGAAUUUGAAAGAGUAUUAGAUACAUUUGAGGCUGUUGAUAGUGCCAUUGAUGUUGGCCAGGAUAACCUUGAUUUUGCCGGUAAUCUAAAAAAGAAAACAAAAGGUGGUAAGAAAGACAAGGAAUCCAGUCCUGACUGGGAGGAUUCUGAUGAUGAAGAUGAAUUCAGUGAUCUGGAUGAUGAUGAGGUCUCCUUGGGAAGUAUGGAGGAAGACUUUGGAGAGGAUAUGGAUGAAGAGGGAGGUGUAUUUAUGGAUGUAUCUGACGGUGAAAACAGCUUAGACCUCAACAACGACAAGCAAUUGAAGUCUGUCAGUAAAAAGGGCAAGAAAAAGCAAGAUCUGAAUUUUGUGGGAUCAGGAUCCAGCCAAGGAAAGAAGAGAAAACUCCAAGAUGCUGGUAUACUGGCAUCUGCAGAAGAGUUUGGCUAUCUGCUGGAUGAAAAUGCUGGGUCUAAGUUUGACAAUAUUGGAAUGAAUGCAAUGGCCAACAGAGAUAAUGCAAAUGUCAAACAGAUCCAGUGGGAAAUUGAGCGAGACAAGUGGCUUCACAACAGGGAUGUGAAAAGCAUCAUCAGAAAGAAGAAACAGUUCAGAUACAGAGGGCUGAAAAACAAGUUCAAAGGCAAGAAAUCAAAAAGAUGAACUGGACAUUGUAAUGAGGACACUUUUACAAUAAUUACUCUGAAAGAAUUUUGUAUUAAUCACACAUCUUUCUUACUUCAGUUCUUGCCGCUUAACCACGUCACUUGGUCAUUCUCCCUUAUGCCAUGAAUUCCAGACCACUCAUUGGAUUUGUAAUACGCUGAAAAAUAGGAAUAUCCAUGUCAACUCUGUCACAAAGCAGCUCACAUUCAGACAUGCCUACUUUUGUUAGAUGCACAGUCCUCCAGUUCUGAGGACUCCAUCCAACAGUCUGACACUCCAGACACACCAAUGCAUAACAAUAAACACUUCUGCAGUGUCUCCUGAGGUAAGAUUUAAGCAGUAAUAGAAUCAGUUUUAUAUGUAAGAUGCAACAGAAGCUUCAGCCAUGCUUCUGAAGCCAACAGCUAUACACCCACCUUCCAGAAUUGAUGGAAACCUCUUCUGCAUUGUAUAUCUGAAAUCUGACAAGAAAGAUAAAUCAGAUUUUACUUAGCAUGUUUUAAGAUGAAUAAUUAAAUGCAGUAUUUUUUUAA